UAGUGUUCAAGUGCUUUCGGCUGUACAACAUGUGGCAUAUAUAUUGGUUUACAUUGGCUUCGUUUUUCGGGUGCUCUAUUGCACUUAAAUCCACAACAGGACGGGAAUUCGUCACUGGAUUUCUGAGUUGGAUUCCUAAAUGCACGUUAAAACUAGAUAUCGCCUCCAGUACAUAUGGGGAUGUUGAAAUAUACGUACCAUAUCUAGGAAUAAAUACCACAUACUCUUUCAAUAGAACAUUUUCAACUACGUUCAACAGCAGUCUUCAGCUUUACGGUACUCGGAUCGGACGAAACGGCGUUUAUUUAAAAUCAACAGUUGAUAUUACGGUUUACGUUACCACCUAUGAUAUUACUGGAAGAAGUGAGGACACACACACAUGCCUGCCAGUUCAAUCGCUUGGAAGAGUAUAUUAUAUUUCCAGUUACAUGCCAACGUUUGAACCACUUUUUAUGGUGAUUUCCGCGUUUGCGAACACUGAGGUGAAUAUAUCAUUUCCUAACGGCACAUCGAUAGCAAAGACACUGAACUGGUUGGACGUCUAUCAGGAAUCGUCCGUUAAAAGCGAUCCCACUGGUACUAUCAUCCGGUCAAGUAAACCCGUAUCUGUGGUAAGCGGUGUGUCAUGUGCGAAUGUCCCGAAAGACGCUCAUAGUAGUUGUGAUAUGGUUGGUGAACAAAUGAUUCCAGCGAACGCCUUUCAAACGUAUUUCAUCAUUCCGCCAAUCCAAUCCUACCAAUUUAUGGUUCGUAUAUUCAGUAGUCAAAGUAAUAACACGGUAUGUGUGAAAGACUCGUCGUUUGACAAUUGUACUACGAUUGGUUCAAAUCAUUGGAUGGAAUCUGUACCAACUAAUUCGACCUUAGUCGUCACUAGUCAAGAAUCGAUAUCCGUCAUACAAUACAAAGAAAAUCAAGCGUUCAUGACAAUAAUUCCGGGUAUAAGCCAAUUUAUGAAUUCGUAUACAAUUGUUGUACCAGAGGUCUAUGCAGACCACAAUCACUAUAUUUCUGUUACAAUACUCUCUUCCGCAUCGCAAUCCCUUCGUCUAGACGGAAAACCACCAAGUGAUCAACGUGUUGACACUGCUUACGUGCCACCCCCAUUCAACAAUUAUACAAUCCUCACGUUCAGAAUAUCCACAGGAUACCACGCGAUUGCAUCCACAGUACCACAGGUUGUGUUCGGAUUGAUUGUAUUUGGAAUUGGGAAUAAGGCCGCAUACGGGUACCCUGCUGGGAUGAACUUUGAUAUUAAUGAAUGUGCAUCCUCCCCAUGUCUUCACGGCGGUACAUGUUCAGAUGGUGUUAACGAUUACACCUGUACAUGCUCAGAUGGCUUUAGUGGAAGGAAUUGUGAAAUCAACUCCAACAAACAGCUGAUGUGUUACAGUUGUGAAGACAUGUCUCACCUAGAACUCUGUGAUACAGUUAAAAGAUGUGGCGAGGGCGAAGCGUGUUUGGUAGAGCGAACUCGUGCGAAGUACCGGUCGGGAUGUGCCAAUAGUUCGGUUUGUUCGUCAAAUAAUCCAAGCUCAAAUCAGUGUGUAGAGUGCUGCAGCGACGACUACUGCAACGGUCGUGGGUGCGGGGAUGAAGGUUUAGUCUCAAGACAAGAGCGAGGCCCAGUGUGCUAUACCUGCAAUCAAGUUCGAACCAUUCAGCAAUGCAUGUCCAUCGGACUGUGUAAUAAACACCAGUCUUGCAGAAUCGAGGAGUUUGAAUUGCUUGAUCACACCAACUUAUUCAAGCUCGGGUGUGCGGACUCUCCGGUAUGUCGAUGGUGACACGACGACAAUCCAUCUGGCAAAGCAUUGUGUAUCUUUAUAGACCAUGCGUAUACAGAGGUCAUACUGGCAUCUGAAGGUUAAAAGAACAGUUCAAAGCGCUGUUGAGCUUCUCCUUUUCAUACAUGUAUUCACUACAACUUGACACACAAACAUACACCCAUAAGGGAGGCAAAUUUAAGCACACAUUUACAGGCUGAAUCCUUGGCUAUUCAUUAUUAAAAAUAAUAAAAUCGCACCCGUUCAAUGCAUUAGUUAUGUCACUACAGCUAAAAAUAGGCAUUACUUUAAAAAUGUGUUAAAACAAUACAAAUCGGGUUAAUACUUCCGCUCGUUUUGGUCAUUGUCGGCUCGGGUACUAUUUAAAUGUACCCAUGUACUCUUACGUAUACUUAAAUGAACCCCGGGUACGGGAAAUAUACUAAAACGUACCCGGCCAAUUAAGACUACCAGAGUUUUAUUCCCCUAAAAAAAUCGAUGUCGUAAACGCGCUACGGAAUAAGAAACAAAAUUCUCUUUGAACAAAACCUUCCUUAACAUUCCUUUUUGAGUAUGAGUUUAAUAUCGAGGUCAUUUUACAAAAUAUUGACAUAAAUAUAAACAUAGUUAAUCUGAAAAAAAAGAAGAAAUAGCCGACAACGACCAAUUUAGCGUUAGAAUUCCCGGGUACGUUUUAGUAGAUUUUCCGUACCCAUGGUACAUUUAAUUAUACUUAAGUAGUACCUGGCGGAGCCACUUUUGAAAAUAUCUGUAUUAAAAGACCAAUCAUAAAAUGAUAACACGCUCUUACUUUAAAGUAAACGAAUUGUCGUUUUACAUCAUUAGGUUUAUAACAUGUAUUAUAAUUCGAUUAUUUGUGAACUAUUUGUGAAACUAUUUCAAGUUCAAAAUGAACUUACGUCCAAAAAUAAACAUUUAUCAACA